AUGGAGGGAAAGGAUGCGGAUGACGAGACCUUCGGGGGAAGACGGGACGGCGGCGAGCAGGAGAGGGGCGACAACAGCAACGCUUCGAUGAUGAUGGCUGCUGGGGGGCUGAACGACAAUCUUCCGGAUUUCUUCAACGACAAGGGCACCUCUGGAGACCAGGAGUUUUCAAGUCUCAUGCAAGACUUAGCGGACGCGGGGGCCGACAGCGCCGCGGGCGGCCUCUUCGACAGCGCCGGAGACAUCACCAACACCGACGGCCUGCCCGACUUCUUCCAAACCGGCGGCGGCGGCGGCAGCGGCGGCGGUGGUAAUAGAGGGGGGUUGGACUCGCCGAGCAAUCUCUUCGACCCGCUGGCGGACUUCGACCUUGGGGGAAAAGGCGGCCCCGGGCAGGGAAACGGUGAUGCCGGGAAUGCUUUGUUGGCGAGCUUGGGGCUGCCGGCAGCCGGAGCGGGGGGAGGGGGGGAAGGGACGGAGACGGCGGCAGCGGCGGCGUCUGUCGGCGGCGCGGAUCAGUCGGAGUGGGCGCUCAUGCAGAAGCAGUUCGAGGACAUGAACAAGAGCUUCCUGCAAGACUAUCACCACAUCGAAGAAGACGACCAACCCGAGACUUUGGACACGGCAAACGACGACGGAGAACAGGCGGCCUUUGCCACCAUGAGGCAACUCUCGCUGGACGACGUCGAGCCCGGGUUUCCAUCAGAGGUGGCGUCGCUCUCGGCGGCGGCAGGGUCUCCCAACACCCCGCGGCAGCAGGAGGAGGUGCAGCAGCCGGUGCCACAGCAGGGACAGCAGCAGCAGUCCCCCCCGGCGACCCCGCUGCCUCCUCCGCCCGCCGCACCAGCGGCCGCCGCGACCCCGGCGUCGCCGAUGCGGACGGGGAUGAGCAUGCUCCCGCCGGGGGCGAAGACCUUAGAGGAGCUCGAGGCGGAGUUCGCCGUUAUCAGCAUUACCCCGGCGGCCAGUUCUCCACCCCGCUCGGAGAGAAUGGCCUCCUGUGCUUCGCUUGAGAACGGCGGCGGCAGCAGCAGCAACGCGAACGGCUCCGCCGCCGGUGUCCCUGCUGCAGCUCGAGGGGGGAGCCCACUUGCGGUGGUGCCAUGCGCCGCUAAUGAGAGCCACGCCGUGAGAGAGGAAACAAGGGCAGAGACAGCAGCAGCCGCCGCCACCGCAGCGGGAGGGCAGCGGGGGCGGCGGUGGAGGCGUUAUGCACAACCCACCGCCACCGCCUCAGUUCCCGGCGCGGGGGCCGCAGCCCCAGGUGCUUCACCCGGCCAUGCUGAUGCAACAUCAGCAGCAGCAGCAUCAGCGAAAGCAAGGGUUGACGUUGCCCCCCGGGCAGGGGAAGCCGGAUGCGCGGCCGCCGCCGCCGCCGAUCGGGAUCUUCCCGCGGGGGGAGCUGAUGACGGCAUACGACACCAGGCCGCGGCCCCUCCGAUGCCUAUGCCGCUCCCGGUGUGGCAGGAGACGAAGGAGAUCGCCAAGAAGGUGAAGGAAGAUGAGGCGGACGCCGUGAAGAAGCGCAUCCGGCAGUGGGAAAGCGCGAACCGAGUUCUGGGCCACCAAGCGCGCUCGGACGUCCACAGACCUAGGGCUCUACUCGCCCUGUCAGGGGGAGAAGCCGGAGGGGAGGCAACCCCGGCGGAAGGGGGCGAGGUGUUGGUCUCGGAAGGGGCGCCUUUCGAGACGCACCUGUGGCGGGCUCGGCUGGCGAUCCAGCGGGCCACCAACGCCAUGCUGGCGGCGUUUGAGCUGAACUACCUCCUGCACCUUGCUACCACGCCUCCGGAAAAGAGAGCCGAGGUCGCCGGGCGCCUGGGAGACGUGAUCGUUGACCUCGCCGUAUCGCUUGGCCUCCAGCGGUCCACCAUCCUGCAGCAGGCAGAAGGCAAACCCGCGCCGGACGCGUCGACGCUGGAAGCCUCCCUCGACCUCCGGGUGCUCUCCACCGUGCUGGAGCUGACCAAGGGCCAGAAGCUCCUGUCGCGGUGCCUGGCCAUGCUCCCCCCGAGCCAGCGGUCGGCCCUGGUGCCCAGCGUGCUGGCGUUGACGCUGGCUCGUGCUCCAGCGGCUAGCCUUCGGAAUGCUCCGAGCGAACAGGUGAAAGCCGACGCGAUCAGAGCGGAAGAGGCCCUGGCGUCGGAGCUGAAGAACAUCCUGCAGUCCCCGGCGUCCCUCCCGCUGCCCAUCCUGCGGCGGUGCAUCGAGCUCGUCAUGACGGCGCACCGCGGCCGGGGCACCCUCGCGGGAGCCCUCGGCAGCGUGUCCCGGGCCGAGGUGCUCGGCGCCGUGCUCCAGAAAGGGGGCGAGCUCAGCGAGGCGGAGGGGGGCGAGGCGGCGGCGGACUGGGCGGCGCUGCAGACGGAGUUCAUCGCGAUGGCGAAGGAAGGGGCGGACGCUGCUGCUGCUGCUGCUGCGACGGCGGCACCGGCGCAGAAAAAGGAGUGA